GGCAUGCCCCGCCCCGCCCUUACUAUCAGCAUCUCGGCCACUGGUAGGCAGUCAGUAGAGGGCUCGGGAUCGGGUAGUCAGUCGGGAGUCUGGAGGAGCUGGGCAGGCAGCGCGCACUUCACAGGCUCCCGCGUACGUCCGACACUUAGUGUUGCUCCCUCGGCAGUGGAGGUGAUGAUGGCGGCGGCUGUUGAGAGAGGAGGCGCCCGGGCCGCUUUCAUGAGCCCGAGCAGCGGUGCCGGUUGUCUACCGGCGCCGACGACGCUCCCUGCCGGAGCCCUCGCCGGGGCUGUUGUCCUGGGCUCGGGCUCCGGCGGCAUGCCUGUCCCUAUGAACCUCUUUGCAACCUGGGAGAUCGACCGAUCAUCCCCGAACUGCGUGCCGAGGCUCUGCAGCCUCACUCUGAAAAAGCUAGUCGUCCUCAAAGAACUGGACAAAGAACUGAACUCGCUCUCUAUUGCUGUCAAAAUACAGGGUUCGAAGCGUCUUCUGCGAUCCAACGAGUAUGUCCUCCCACCCAGUGGACUAAUGGAGACAGAUCUGGAACUCACAUUCUCACUACAGUACCCCCAUUUUUUGAAGAGGGAUGCCAACAGAUUACAGAUAAUGCUGCAGAGGAGGAAACGCUACAAGAAUCGAACCAUCCUGGGCUACAAGACUUUGGCUGUGGGAGUUAUCAAUAUGGCCGAGGUGAUGCAACAUCCCACAGAUGGGGGCCAGAUUCUUGGUCUCCAUAGCAACGUGAAAGAAGCGCCAGUGCGUGUUGCGGAGAUCAGCGUGUACUCUCUGUCCAGCCAGCCCAUUGACCACGAGGACAGCAGUGGACAAGCUGGUCGAAAGACUAAAACCUCAGACCGCUCCCCAGACUUGGACAACUAUUCUGAGGAGGACGAUGACAGUUAUUCAUCCGAGCAAGAAGCUAGUGAUGAUGCAGCUCAUGGCCAGGAUAUUUAUGAUGAAGACGACGAGCUUCGCAAGCCCAAGAAAGCCCGGAGGAAAAUGAUACGGACCACGUCCAUGACGAGGCAACCAAACUUCAAGCAGAAAUUUGUGGCCUUGUUGAAGAGGUUCAAGGUAACAGAUGAGGUCCUGGACUCUGACCCAGUAGACCAGACCCAGGAAGUAGAGGAGGACCUGGACUUACUCUACGACAGUUUAGAGGUGUACAACCAGAGUGACAGCGGGCCGGAGAUGGAGGACAAUGAAAGUGUCUUGAGCACACCAAAGCCUAAACUUAAGCCUUUUUUCGAGGGGAUGUCUCACUCCAGCUCCCAGACAGAAAUCGGAAGCAUACAUAGCCAAAAAAGUCAACAGAGAGAGCUGUUACAUGCUAGUGGAGACUUUUUAACUGUGGACAGAUGUAAAGUGCAAGGGCCCCGCUAUCAAGAGGACAGUGCCACAGACACAACCAUCGGGGAGCCAGAGACUGAUGACAACGUGCCAGGGCCAGGGGAGGUUAGCAGCUGGGACAGCACCACUGAACGGAUGACUACCACUGUUGGGAAGCUUUGUAAGACGGAGUCCCAAAACCACAUGUCUCCAAGGCACCUUGUUCUUCUUCGUCCUUUCAGUAAAAUGGAGAACAGGCUGCAGAGGCGUCCACGCAGUACCUCCAUGAAAGACAGACAGAAUUCCAAGGCCCAAAGUGACCGGACCAGCAGCAUAGAGAGUGAGUGCUCGCCAGAAUCACGACUCAUAGCACAGGUGCCCAGGAAGUCUGUGUAUGACCAGUUGAACCAGAUCCUUAUCUCUGAUGAACGCUUGCCAGAGAGCAUCAUUCUCAUCAACAUCAUGGAGUGGCAAGGACAGUAUGUCGCAGAGUUGCUCCACGAACAGGCCCAGCCCAUUGUGUCCACCUGCUCAGCCGCAGAUGUCCAGGCUGCCUUCAACACCAUCGUUACUCGAAUCCAGAGAUUUUGUAACUGCAAUGCACAGACUCCGCCCACAAUGAAGGUGGCGGUCGCAGGUGACCAGAGUUACCUGAGCACCAUCCUGAGGUUCUUUGUGGAGCAGCUGGCAAACAAGACUCCUGACUGGCUCAGUUACAUACGCUUCCUGGUCAUCCCUAUUGGCUCUCAUCCUCUGGCCAAGUACGUGGCCUCGUUUGACGGCAAGUUCAACAGCAUCUUUAUGGACACAGCAUGGAGGGAGUUGUUCUGCAGGACGGAACGGCCCACCUCAGAUAACAUUGAUGUAGCAGGGCGGGUUGUUCAGUACCUGGCCGGUGCUAAUGUGUCCCACCAGUUUCCCAUCUCUGAAGCUAUGCUCACCUACAAACAGAAGAGGAAAAGAAGUUUGUAUUUUGAUUUUUACAUCAGCCCUGACGAGGACUCCUGUCAGAAAUUUGUGCCAUUUAUUGGGGUUGUGAAAGUUGGGAUUGUGGAGCAAAGCCUGUCAACGUCAGUGGAUUCUGAUGAUGCAAUGGGGGGCAACACAAGCAUCCUGGCCUCCCCCACACCCCCUUCGGCUGGUCCAUAUGGGAAGGAGAUUGGGGGUACACCGCCACAGUCACCCUCUGUGUCCACCGCCAUUUCCGGAGCUGGUUCUCCGUGUUCUGGCAGCGAAGUGAUGGGCUUGCAGGUGGACUACUGGACGUGGCAAGGCCCCGAGAAGAAAAAAGAGGGCGAGAAGCGGGACGUGGGAUUGAAGAACACGCUGAAGAGUAACUUCCGCUCACUCCAAGUCAGCCGCCUGCCCUGCGCGGGAGAUAUCACACCUCCACCCAGUAUGGCCAUGACUGUCGUCACAAAGGAGAAGAACAAGAAAGUUAUUUUUCUCAGCAAGAAGCCGAAGGAGAAAGAGCUGGACUCAAAGAGCCAAGUUAUAGACGGAAUCAGCAGGUUGAUCUGCACAGCAAAGCACCAGCACACGAUGCUGAGAGUCACUAUCGACGGAGUGGAGUGGAAUGAUGUCAAGUUUUUCCAACUUGCUGCCCAGUGGCCAACUCACGUCAAGCACUUCCCGGUGGGAAUCUUCGGUUACACCAAACCCGUGUGACCUCAGCAGCCGUCCGUUUGGAACCGCCAGACUCUUCUGCGCUGCACUUGUCUCACCCAGAGACUCCACAGAAUUUGAGGGAAAGCCAACGGCAGUAAUAGUUUUCCUGUGGAAAUUUUACUGACUUCACAUCCGUGUGGUCAAUACACACUUUCAUGUUGUCCUUCCGGUGUUUUUGAUGUUGUUAGCUGUUGAUUGUUCUUUUCCUUCCUUUCUUUUUUUGUUUUUUAAUUACACACUACAAAAAGAACAAGUACUAUUUUGUAAGACUUGUGCUACAGCCCUAGAGGUCAUUUGGCUUGUUUGACGAUUUGCCACAUUUUGACAAUGGCAGCUAUGUUUGCACUUUUUUUUUUGUUAACAUGUUAUUAUUUCUGUGAAAUCCUACAUGUAUUGUUACUCUGUAGAGAAGGGAGGAGUGCGAUGGUGAUGUGCAGUGGCGUGUGUGAGAUUUUGAAGCUGUGUUAGUUGGAAUAUUGCUGUGAAUCUUGACAGAAACCCUCUUUUCUUUUCAUCCCUUUGCUUUUUUCCAACUGCUCACUGCAAAGCAAACAAGACUUCAGUGUACUUUGAAACAACAAAGGUAUUCUGGAAGGUAGCUAUAAUUGACUAACGCACAUUUUUAUCACUCGAAAGUUCAAGUAAUUCCCAUCCUGAAGACUUGAGUCACUUAGAAACUGGGUAUCAUGACACAAAAACAAACAAAUCCCCAAUAGCUGAAUGCCAAAUUAGCUUUUUCUAAGCCCUGAUAUGUUUGUAAUUUACCAAGGUGAAGCUUUUUUUUUUGGGGCCUUUUCGGAUGAACAGCAUUUGGGCUGAUCAUGAUGCUUUGGCGUCUCACAGACCCCAAUUAAUUUCGCAGAUAGUGGCGAAUCCAAAUGUGCAGUGAUGUGCCAAAGUCAAGUUUGUGUCUGUCCCACAAGCUUUUGGCCUGCUUCAAAACAAACUCCUACAUGAUGCAUAUGUGGUAUAAAUCAGUAUUAGCAUUACUGAAUUGUUUGGAGUAAUCAAAUUGUAUUUAUGAAUCAAAAGGUGUGUGUACAUCCUAACCAAGUUUUAUACAGCAUCACUGUGGCUGUAGAUGCACUUAAUACGUAAACAUUCUGGUCAGUUGGUUGCUCACUAUUUUGUUGGCUUGUUGGGGAAUGUUUCUUCAAGUGUUUGUGAUUGGAAACCUGCUUUGACAUUACUGCCAAGCGUAAUGCAAUUACAAUGAAAAGUCUAUGGAGUCUUGCCAGAUGUCCAAAUCACUGCCUAUGUAUGUGUGUGUGAGUGUGUGUGUGUCUCUUCUACAUUUGAUGGUACUUCCUAUUACUACGUGAAACCUUCGCUGUAGGAAUCCUAUGGACAAAAGGCCUUUUGUGUUGUUGCUUUUUCUAGAGUGAAAAGCUUUUAAAGUAUUGUAUAUAAAUAUAUACAAAAUGUGUUAUUCUGAUUUGCAAAUUGCCCUUUGACUAAAUUGAAAGCACAAUUAGCUUCUUUUUAUUUGUUGAGAAAAAGCCAAAUUCAGUAUAUUUCCACAACUCAAGUUCUGUUCAAUACAACACUGUCAUUUCUCCUACAUUUUCCUUACUUUGUAAUGCACUUUUUAAGUGGUUGGAUACACAUUGACACACAAAUUGGGAAAGUUUGGUUUUGAGGUGUUCUUUUUCAAAUGUAAACCACUACCUAUAGACAUGAUAAGACUGUUUACUGGUUGUGUCAAGUGUGUGUUUGAUGGCUUCAAGCUCCCUCGUGGGUCCUGAACACAUUGUAGCCAUCUGUUUCUUCCCCUUUUGCCACUUAUUUUGUAACUGUCACCAUGCAGUCUGCCUGCAGACAAUACAGUCAUAUUUCGUAUCCUGCUUUAUAAGAGGGGUCACCGUCUUGUCUUGGACACCAACUGGCCCCGAGAUAAUAUAUUACUGAACUUUGGCUGUAAAGCAGGGCUGAGUUUUGUGAGGGAAAUUAUCAAGUGAUUUCAAAUAUUCAAUGGGCAUAAGUGUCAAGUGUGUUCUGAUGUAUUAGACCUAAAGUCCAUCUUUGCCCUAAAUCUCACCGUAGCAAGGGGGUGUUUUACAAGGCAGGACCAAUGAGAGGCUGCACUCUCUUGUCACCGCUCUUAAAUCCAACUUUAAGUAAUCCAACAGGAAAGACGACAGCAUACCAUCUCAUUGGUCCAGUCGCUUCAGAUGCCACCCAGUGUCUUUGCACAAACCCUAUUUUAAAGAACGUGACAGUAUUUUUAAAUUUACCACUAAAAAAAAUAUGGGUUACUCCGCAUGUUUUACUAUAGUUGUAAAUAUGUUUUGGAUUUUUAUAUUGUUUUUUUUUCUUUCUUUCCAUGCUCUCACAAGCAGUUGUCUUAAAUAAAAUUUUUAAUCUUC